AUUGCUGUCAAAUAGUGAAUAUGGCCGCCCUCUAUUUGUAGUUUUGACAUCGUGUCAACUUUACCUAGAUUUUCCCAGAAUUGUUCAGUAACAAGGAGUUGUUUAAUAUUAAUUUAAACUUUGUUACAUUAUUUAAGAGCUAAUAGUCAAGAUGUCGGCUGGACCUUACAAUUAUUCUUAUAUUUUCAAAUACAUUAUCAUAGGCGAUAUGGGUGUUGGGAAGUCAUGUCUUCUGCAUCAAUUUACCGAGAAAAAAUUUAUGGCAGAUUGUCCUCAUACAAUCGGCGUGGAAUUUGGUACUCGUAUUAUUGAAGUAUCUGGACAGAAAAUUAAAUUACAAAUUUGGGAUACUGCUGGACAGGAACGUUUCAGAGCAGUGACAAGAUCUUACUAUAGAGGUGCUGCAGGUGCACUGAUGGUUUACGAUAUAACUAGGAGGUCCACUUACAAUCAUCUAAGUAGUUGGCUGACGGACACAAGAAAUUUAACCAAUCCUAGUACAGUUAUAUUUCUAAUAGGAAAUAAGUGCGAUUUAGAAGGGCAAAGAGACGUAACUUACGAAGAAGCUAGUAAAUUUGCGGAAGAGAAUGGCCUAAUGUUCGUAGAAGCUAGUGCAAAAACAGGUGAUAAUGUUGAAGAAGCUUUCCUCGAAACAGCAAAGAAGAUAUACCAGAGCAUCCAAGAUGGGCGCUUGGAUCUGAAUGAAUCUGGUUACCAAUGCACAAAACCUGUUCUCUAUAAUUUGUCCAGCGACCUUCAGGCAAAUAAAGACAACUGCGCCUGCUAAUUUUAGUUGAAACUUUUAAAGUAUACAUAGAAUCUCUUCGAUUCUGACUUUUUAAUUUACUAAUGGAAAUUUUGCAACGCUCUACUUUUCAUAAUAUCAUUUUUUUUGAGACGUUUAUUCAGCAAUCUGUUAGUUAUAUACAUUCUAACAAUAUGCGUCUUUGGGGUUCGAAGUAAAAAAAAUUGACGUUAGGGAGUUCAGUCCAAUGACUGGACCUAUAGUAUGGAACACACAUUGUAUGGACAUUCUGAUAAUAUGCUACAUACAUACAUACAUUUUACAUUUACAAACAAUACAUAUAUCUAAAAUAUUUAUACAAUUACAGUGAGUAGAAAACUUAUCUAUAAAUCAGGUCCACUGGAUUUUUACGUUUUAGUCUGUGAGUUUGUUGACUGUUAUCAAGCAAGUUUAUUGCCUGGGCAUUACGAUGGCUUUCUAGGCGUUUUAUGUACCGAACACUGCACUGAACUAUCACUUCACUGAUCGUAGGUAUUUCUGGAUCACAAUAAAUGUUUUUGUUUGACACGAACCAUAGUGCGUGUGUUAUAGAGAGUAACACUUUAGAUUGAAAUCUUUCCAUUAUGGAUAGGUUGGAUUUUGCUGCUGUACCCCAUACCUGGAUCCCAUAGAUCCAGACCGGUUUGAGUAUUGUAUUGUAUACCGUUUGUUAUCGUAUAGACAACUUCGAUGUUCUGCCCAGUAUCAAAUAAUGUUUACGAAAUUUUAAGUUUAACUGUUAGCGCUUUUUCCAUAUAUGGGUUCUCCAUGUCAAAGUUUUGUCCAAGUACAUUCCAAGGUAUUUAACGCUUUCGACUUGUAGAAUUGCUUUGUUAUUUUUUUCUAUAUUAGGCGAUAUUUUGCGACAUUUUGUAAAUAUGAUAUGUUGUGAUUUUGUUUCAUUGAUCUUUAUGCGCCAUUUCUUUGUCCACUUUUCAAUAUACCUAAUAUGCCUUUGAAGAAAUUCGGUAGAUGUUGCGGGAUUUUCAUCUAUUGCGGGAUUUACCUCGAGCACGCAAAUAUUUGCAACGAACAGCUGGUUCGACACUACCUUGAGGGACUCCAGAUCGUAUAGGGUAGAUUUUUGAUGUAUCUGCGUCAUGCUUGACACGGUAGUAUCUUCCUUCUAAAUAUGAUUUCAGUAUAGUAAACAUUGACUCAAGAACGUUCAUGUUUAUUUUGAAGAGCAACCCUUCGUACCAGACUUUAUCAAACGCCCCACUGACGUCAAGAAAAAGUGUUUUUUUUUUCAAAAGUUUUAUUAACUAUGCCAAAGACUCGAUGAACUUGUUCUAUUGUUGAAUGCUUCUCUCUGAAACCAAAUUGCUGAUCCAGGAAAAGAUUAUUAUCAGUUAUUAUUUUCAUAAGUCUUGUCGCUAAUAGCUUCUCAAAUAGUUUAGCUAGUACCGGUAAGAGACUAAUAAGACGAUAAGAGGUAUGUUAUUGAGGUGGUUACCAGGUUUAUGGAUCAUUAUUAUAUCAGCAAAUUUCCAUUGCGUUGGUACAAUUUUGAGCCGUAAUGCGACGUUGAAAAGUUGUGUUAUCAUAACUAUACCUUUAUCUGGUAACUCUUUUUGUUCCUGUUAUUAGGUCAUAGCCUGGAGCUUUUUUGGUUUUUAAUCUAUAUUUAAUAGUAUUUUUACGUCUCGUUUUGUUACUGGUUUAAUUUGCUCACUUGGCUGUUGGAUUGUUGCUCGACUUUCAUAGAUAGCUUCAUCUUCUUCAACACUCACAGAGGGUAGAGGUUGAAAAACUUCUUCAAGAUAUUUUCCAAAUGCCUCUGCUUUUUCUUGAUCAGUUCUCGACCAUGAGCCAUCUGAAUUUCUUAAUGCUGGUAUGUGUUUGUUGGGCUGUUUUAAUUUCCUGGUGGCCUUCCAAAGUGAACAAUCGGCAUCUGCUGUUGAUGUUAAAUUUUGAAGGUAAUUUUCGACGUAGGAGUAUUUGUGCUGUAGUAUUGUAUUGUUCAGCUGUCUUGCGGCUCUAUUGUAGUUUAUUUUGUCUUGAUGCUGCCUUGUGUUGCUGCCUUGUGAUUUACCAUAUCUUUCGUAUGUCCAGUUGCACCAACAAAUAAACGAUUGAUUUUUUAAAAAAAGACUAAGUUUUCACUCUAAUGGCAUAUAACAUAUCCCACCAGAAUGAAAACAAUGGGAACCUUCUCUGGUUACACCUCC